CAAUACAUUGAAACUGGCUGGAUCUGGAUCCCAUGGAUCCCAUGGAUCCCAGCGGCGUAGAGGAGCUGCUGAGCAUCAUCCUGGUGACGUCCCCAGUGCCUUCCAACCCGUCGACGGAAAUGGUGGAACACGUGCUGCAGUCCAUGGCGGCCUCCGUACCAGGUUUGGAGCUCGUGGAGAGCUUCAUCGUCUCCGAUGGCUUCCGGGUCUGUGAAAAGGAUCAGAAGGCCAAAGCCAAGGCCGGGCGGAUUGCCGUGGAGAUGGUGCAGCCCUACCAGGAAUACAGGUGCCGACUCGAUGAGCCGUGGCCACGUCCGUUUGCUGCGCUGCAGCACCUGCGCGCGCCCGAGCACAAGGGCUUUGCGGGCUGUCUGCACAUCGCCCUGCGCAAGGUGACCAGGCCUUAUGUCUUGGUACUUCAGCACGAUCGGCCUUGCCUGCGGCCCUUUGAUUUGAAGAAGCUUUUAGAGGCCAUGCAAGCACAGCCAAGCCUGAAGUAUGUGGGGCUUCCAACGAAGGCGAGCUUGGCCCGCACGGGGCAGGAGUACUUUGCAAGUCAAUGGCAGGUGGGCCAAGAUCUUCAAUCCGUCAUGGAGGUGUCUUUGGGCCCUGUGAUUCUGCGGCCUCUUUUUGUGGUACGACUCGGCGCACAUCUGUUCCGUGGAACACUACAAAAACUUGGUCUUUCGGAAAGGGCGUCAAUGGAGUGGCGGUUUCAUUGAAGACUCCUUUGGUCAGGAGAUGUUGGCGGCGCUACGUGCUGCAUCGGCUUCAGGCAAUGUGACUGAGGUCCAUGAGAUCUACGGAACGUACCUCUACGAUGAUGGUCGCGUUCGCAGUGCUGGCCCCAUCGUUGGGCACCUGGAUGGUCGAAGGUGGCAUGGAUCAUCGGAAUGCACCAGCCGAAAGUUAAGAGAAGUUCUGCCUCAGGAAAACUCCCCGGUGACAGCGGUGUGUCCACUGACCGGCGCAAGAGUCAAA